CUUGCGAUCCUCGAGCAACGAAAAGUCAGCGACAAAACCGUCGAAACCAUGGAGUCAUUCGAAUCAGAAAAAACGACUUCAACUGUCUGCCGUCACCCGUCAAAAUGCCCGGCAGUCCAGGCCAUCCUAGAGAAUAGGGGAUAUGUCUAUGAGGAACCAUUUGGUGAUUUUCAGCAACCAUCCGGAUCCAGCCAUCUGUCCACCGAUGCGGCAAGGAACGCCAACACAGACCCCAGGAGGCCAUCGAUUUCGGAAUACGGAGAUGAUAAUCUUUGGGAGGACCAUAGCCUUCGCUGUAGCAAGCGUCGAGCCGGUAACCUACCACGGAGGAGUUCCAUUUUCAGAGACAUCUCGAACAUAUCGAAUGAAAGCACUUGGUCUGCCCAUAUCGAUCAACAGAAGACCGUCAAGGCGUUCAAUGAUAUGGCUGGCCAAUUGUGCUUGCGUCCUGUGACAUUUGGCGAAGAAGCUAAUGCAGGCAAAUGUAAGUCCUCUUUUCAAACCCAGAAACCUGAUGUCAGCGGUGCAGAUAAGCUACAUAAACGAGAUAAGAUACUUGGUCGAAUAAGAAGCAUGCGGUCCAAUAUCCAAAUGAGGUCUCAGUCCGUACCACCGGAGGCGGAGCAGCGCAGACUGCGUCGAAUGAAGACUUUCGCCAACCUGUCGUCUCGUUCCGAUCCGUUCUCCACGCUGAAGGGCAAGUCGCUCGAGACACUCGCACGAUUGGGAGGUUACAGCUAUCUCAAGCCCCAGGCGGACUUUGCUCCUGCAGUACUCAAGCUCCCUGUAUGUUUUGCGGCGACUGCGACAUAUCUGCAAAUCUACGGCCACAGGGUAGAGAACCUCUUUUUCGACCCCGGCGACCUGAAGACCGCAUCCCGCAUAUAUGAGCACUUCGCACACCAGGUCUUAUCAGCAGAGCGAGAAGAAGACAGGAUCCAGAUGACUAUGCGCAGUAACCAGAUGCCCAUGGAUAUAAUCGAGCCAUUGCAGCGAGAUACAACCCCUGAGCAGCCACCGCCGUAUAUUUUGAGCGUGGCCUGGGUCUUCAAGGCAUUGCUAGCGGGCAUCCCCGAUGGAAUUCUAGGAUCCAAGGAGCUCUACCAGGUUCUGGUGGAUAUUUCGUACGGACAGCAGAUCAAGUCACAGAAGCGGCCGGAUGAUUGCUUGGAGGGGUUGACGCCAUGGGAACACACCCAGACCAAGGCGAUCGCGCUGGCGAUCCUGUCAUUGACAAGCAAAAUGCAUCUUGAGCUCAUCUGUGCCGUAUUUGGGUUGUGCGAGGUACUCCUCCACGAGGUACAGCGACACAUUGAGGAUCAAUGGGUGCGUAACAUUCCGAGAAAACAGCAACUACGACCCAGCUGGGCAGCGGGUCUCCUGGAUGUGGAUCGGUUAAGUCGGACGUUGGGGCCUUUGCUGGCCAACCGGACGUCGGAUGGAGAGGAAGAACUCUGUUCCGAAUAUCGGACAGUGCCCAGUGCGUUACAGGAGGAGCGGGUGGUGAGGAUGCUGUUAGAGCAUUGGCGCGGCGUGAGUCGACAGCUGCGAUGGUGGGAACACUGCGGUUGUCCUCCGGAGCGGGUGAUCUUGCCGCCCGAAGAGGAGGAGCAGAGCAUGAAUCAGGACGAACAACAAGAGAUGCAAAUCGAAGGAGGGGGAGAGGAACGUCGUCCGUUAAACGCAUACCCUGAUGUCUGA